UCGAACGGAACGCAGUGUCCGUCGUAUAGAUCGCUGGCUGGCUGUCUGGCUGAAAAUAGUGAACGAAGUAUGAGUUUUCGAAUAUGUUCGAUUAAAAAGUGAAGUGAAUUAGUGAGUGACUGUCAUCCAGCAAGAUGGUUGAUGACGUGAAUAUUGCGGAAACCGCUGAAAGUAAAGCGUCUGCAGAAGCUCUAGACAGAGCCAGAUUAGCAAGAGAAAGACGCGAAGCGGAACAAAGGAAGCGGCUAGAUGAGCUGCGAGCACACGCAGCGGCCGCGCAAGCGCAGCGGGAGAAGAGAGACGAGGAGCGACGGAAGAGGCACGCGGAGCAGAGAGCGAGGGAUGACGACAGAAGGGUACAGGUAGAAGAACGCAAACGAGCGAUAUGGGAAGCUUCAGUAUCGCGACGAGAAGCGUUGCUGCAACGGGAGCGCGAGCGCACGGAGCGCUUGGAGCGCGCGCGCGCCGCUCGCUCCUCACCCCGCUCCGCGUUCGCCUUCGGAUCGUCCACCCCCCGCCUCCUCGAGCCGCUCGACUCGGCGGGAUUCUUCUGGGCCGCGCGCAGUACCAACCCCAUUGAUCAGAUGAACUUUUUUGAGUCACUGGCGGCAUCAACAACAAAUGUGAUGUUCGCGUCUGCGCCGCUCACGAGGCGCGCGUCCGCGCUGCACCUCGACUCAGAGAAUGAUAACAAAGCUUCUAUAGGAUUGAGGAUGUUUACAAGUUUCUACGAACCCGACCGACAGCCACCCGUAGCCAUGUGGUCGAGCGUGGCGCGGCGCCGCACCGACCUGGUGCCCACGCUGCCCGCGCCGCGCGCCCCAGGUAGAGCCUACUCCAUGACGCGCCUCGACAAGCUGCCGUCGCGUCCGCUCUCCGGCUCGCCCUCCAUGCACCACCUCAACAGGACCCAACCGCGCUCGGGCGACACGACGCCGGGCUCGCGGCCCGCGAGCGCGCUGUCCACCGCCGCGCCCGUGCUGCGCCCGCGCCCCGUGCGCAAGCCGCGCCCCGCCUCCAUCGCCGGCACGGGGGUCAACACGCCGAGAGGUGGGGUGGAAACGAACAGCCAGAGCGCGGCGACGACGCCGUCGGUGUCGCGCGACAGCACGGUGAUGGGCGCGGCGGCCGGCGUGGCGCGCCGCGCGCACACCACGCCGCGCCGCCCACGCCCCGCCUCGCUGCACGUCUCGUCUCGCACAGCGACAGCCACCGGCCCCGGUAGCCAGCCAGCGCCGGGCGAAGGCAAGCCGCCGCUGCACAGGAAGCCAAAGCCCUCCAAAGAGCACCCCAACCGCAAGUCGCUCUCCGUCUCGCCCGGCCGCGCGCUCUCGCCGUCGCCCAACCCUUCGAAGGAGCCUAGCCAGGACAAAGAAAUUGUCAAGCAAAAGCCGAGUGAUAAAAAUCACGUCAACGCGCACGAAGUGAGUCAAAAGCUGGAAGCGUUACAGAUUCAAAAUGGAAAUGAUAAUGCAAGACAGCCACUACACGAUAAGGUUAAUGAAAACAAAGAAAACCAGAAUAUAAACAUAGUCAAUCCACCGGUUGCGGUAAAUAAAGUAGAAGAGGCCAAGCCUGAAAUAGUAGAAAUUAAGAAGCCAGUCGAAGUGCAGAAAGUAGAAGAAAACAAACAAAUUGUAGAAGAAAAGAAAGAAAUUGUAGAACAAAAGGUAGAUAAAGCCGAGGAGAAAGUAGAACAAAUAAUUGAAAAGCCUGAGGAAAAGAAAGAAAUUUUAGAAAAAAAAGUAGAAGAAAAGAAAGAAAAGACAGAAGAGAAGAAAGAAAAGUCAGAGGAGAAGAAAGUAGAAGAAAAGAAAGAACCGUCCCAAGAAAAGGCUGAAGAAAACGAGAUGACAGCGUCGAUGAUCUCGCGCCGCAUCACCACGGAGGAGGAGGCCAAGGCCGCGCUGGCCGAGCGCCGCCGGCGCGCGCGCGAGGAGCUGGAGCGCCAGGCCGAGCUCGAGCGCCAGAGACUGCAACGCGAAGCCGAGGAGGAGGCGGAGCGGCAACGCCUCGAGGAGGAGCGGCAACGGCGCGAGGAGGAGGAGGCCAAAGAGCUGGCGCGCCUGCAGCGCGCCGAGCAGGAGGAGAAACUUAGGAAAGCCAUCGAGGCGCAGCAACAACUGGAGCGCGAGGAGGGAGAGCGCAAGGCUCGCGAAGAGGCCGAGCGAGCGGCGCGCCUCGCCGAUGAGAACGAGAAGCGGCGCCAGGCCGAGGAGGCCGAGCGGCUGCGGCGCGAGGAGCUCGAGCGCACCGAGCGCGAGCGCGUCGCGCGCCGCCAGCGCGUCGAGGCCAUCAUGGCGCGCACGCGCCUCAGGAAGGCUGAAGAAGACAAGAAACAACAGGAAGAGAAAGAGGAGCAGCAGGCUGGCGCCGAUAACGGCAACGCCGACCACAGCGCUCCUGAGCAACAGCAACAGGCUUCCGAGUCCACGGCCGCUGCCGAGAGCGCGCCCGCGGCGGCGCCCGCGCCCGUCACCAACAACGGCAACGUCACUGCCGACCUGCUGGGGCUGUCCGACCCACACCCAAUCGAAGACAAACCGCAAGAGCAGCCGACGGCCAAGAGCGCCAACGACAACGCCAACGUGACCGCAGCGCCGACCAACGGCAACGCCAACAACAUGGCGCACAUCUCCGCCUCCUUCCUGCAGGGCGAGCGCGCCGCCGAGCUCGCCGCCAAGCCCGCGCCCGCGCCCGCGCCUGCACCGGCCGAAGCCUUCGAGGACGACUUCACCACGCACAACGGCCACGCGCUCGCGCACCCCCUCACGCUGCAGAAUGCCAUCUAGGGCCCAGAUCCCCAACUACAAGGAUCACUUACGGACUAACCCCUUGUAUGCUUCGACACGAAUCCAUGCGCGGGAAUUUGAAAUCUUUGAUGUAAAUGUCCUGCACGCGUAGCACACUAGUACAGUAAAUCCUAUCGCGCCACUACGGGCCCUAUCGCACUUGACAAAACAGUGCGAAAAAGUCGGAGUGACGUGAUACGCUUUAUCACGCGACAGUGCUUACCCGCCAGGUCGAUCAUUAAAAUUGACCGCAUACGAUAGGUUAAGCUCUAUUUUUAGACGGUCGAAAUGCCUAACCUUGCGUGGUAAUCGAGAGACGUCUCAAUGUAAAAGGUGACGUUUUGGACGAACGGAAUCAAAUUAAUCCGUGUUGCGGGAAACUUAUUCUGUUCCGGUCGAUACGUCACCCGGUAUACAUAUUGGCUGCAUGGUAGACUGAGGCGAAGCAUCAUUUGCCUUGUAAGUUUGUACGCAAACUUGGUAUUGUCCGGCUCGAAAUAAACUAAUGCUAUGAUGAAUUGCUGGACAUUAAUGUAAAAUAAUAAUAGAAAUGAGUGAUAUUGAUAAGUAGUUCCAGCACGUAUAAAAAUAUUGCUCGCGUACACUUUUGCAGCUUUUGCUGUAGUUGCUCGCUUUGAAUAGUUAUGUUAUGUUGCUAGGGGGUGAAACGCAUUUCUUUACACCACGCCAGCUUAACGAAAAUAUUAAUAAAGAUACGAAACAAAGUCAAAUAAAGCUAAAUAUCAACAAAAAUAAUUAAUUUAAGCUCUAUUGACAGAACACUGUAAUUGGAUAAAAUGAAAAUAUUAAUUUGAUCAAGAUAGCUUUUAACUGUUGGUGUGGUGGUAAAUAAAUAAAGAGCUCUCAGUCGUCUUGUCUACAUUCAAACACGCAAAUAAAUUACUAAACUUGAGAUUGUAUAGUCUGUUGCCAAUUUUGUAGCUUAGCGUUUAUGUUGAGUGUGAGAAUAUUACAUGAAUGGUGCCUUGAAAUGUCGGUUUUAAAUUUAGUUACUAUUUCGGUGCUACUUUUUUUUAGUAUCUAUUGCAAUCAUUUAACAUUGGUUAGUUAUGAAAUGAAAAAUAUAGAUAUAAUGGCAAUAUAAACUAUACGUAAAUAAGAAUUUGGGAGUAAGUAAUAGCAGUUUUAGCAGCCAGUAUGUAUGCCUUGAGAACGGGUUGUGGGGUAUCUGCUUCUCUUUUAGAUUCAAACAAAUUGAUGUAACGUAUAGAAAACUAUGCGUUUAGGACCAAACUGAGUGAGCCCACAGAAAAUAGUGACUGGAUAUAAGAAUCGCGGUUGUGGAAAAUACGGUAAAGUAGUUUGGUCAGUCAUUCGCAUCAUUCAGAAAAGGCACAAAUUAAAAUGACUCUAAGAUUAUCUACAUUUUCUUUUCAAUUUUACACCUUUUCUAGUGACUCGAUUGGCUGUCGUGUAUUAUUACAUCUGUGGGCUUGGUGCGUCGUGAACCACGUUAAACGAAUGGUGAAAUUUAAAUAUCGAAUAUUUAAAUUUGAGAAGCAGACUGUUAGUAUGAAUAUAUAAAAUAUUAAUGCAUUUAUAUUGCAAAUCCUUGAUUCUACUAAGAUGUUUCCAAGCUUAUCAUAUUGCUAAUUAUAAGCAAAGAUAAUAAUAAAAAAUAACAAAUAAAAUAUAAUCAUUAAUCACGGCUUAACAUUUCGAGUUAUGGGGAAUAAAACAUAUUUUCGUACAUUAAUCAUUGAACAUUCAUUUAGUGUAGUCGAGGCAGAAAACGAGUAUGUAUCACUAGGAUCAGGGACUAAUGGAAUUAAUGUCAUUAAUUUCUAUAAAAUUAUCAUUAAUUGUUCACGUUUGAUAGUAUCUUUGAUAGGUUGUGUAUAAAAUGCUGUUUUUGCAGUGCGUAUUACAUUUUGUGUAAAUUAUAAUUAGUUUUUAUUUAUUGUGAUGUUUUAUUAAUGACCCGGUUGUAGAAAAUAUAUAUAAGGAAAUCAAUUUAUCACUUCUCUUUAGAGACAACUGUCGGUUGCGUUUCUUGCUUCGCGCUUGUGUGGGAGCGAGGUUAAUUUAAUUCUAAUUCAUAGUUUUGUUCGCGUCGUGGCAAUAUCGCCUGUGAAUUGAGAACUAACUUGACCUCAGACAUUUUCUGAAACAUUUAUGAUUCCGAUAAGACCUUGGUCUCAUGCUCCCGACUUUGUAUAAUAUGGUUAAUGUGCAUAUCAUUGCCACUUUGUGUAUGCAUUUAGAAAUCAUUGAUUCAUCCCAGUGUUAAAUCAAGUAAAUAAUACCACAAAUACCGGUGAAAAAUAUGUUAAUAAUGCAAAAGACAUAACCAGUGGUAAUAUAAAGGCAUGUCUUCUUGAAAACCGAUAAAUCAACGAACAAUUUACUCAGUAUGACUUAUAAUACAAUAUAAAGCGAAUAUUCUAAGAAACGCUUCUCCACUAACCAAGACGUAUAUUAAUAAAACUCUGGAGGGGUGUUCAAAACAUGAUUUACUACACAUGCUGAUGCUAUACCUACAUAGUUUGUUCGUUACCAGACAUCACACGGGCGCGAUUGGCACAUACUUGUGACAUUGUGGGGUAACAAACCAUUGACUUUGAUAGUAGAACGUUGAAGUUAAAAAAAAGCAUAAUUUAAGACACCGAACUAAAUUUAAAAAGUUACAUUUAUACAUGUAUUACAUUGCAUUGCUUCAUUUUGAUUCUUGUUAUCGAGUACCAAAUCGGCCACUAGACCAUUACCCAUAGCAACAAUUUAACAACUAGCCGUAUUAUAAUAAUAAUAAUUAAGUUAUUAAACGAUGCAUAAACAUCUUUUGUAAAAUAAGUAGUUAGCAUUCAAAUAAAUACUACCUAAUUUCUCCUGCUUACUUUAUUUAUAUUCAAUUCUGUUAUUUCGUAUAGUCACACAAUAUUGUGUAUUGUUUAUGUAUAGUGAUUUUUUACCGUUCUAUGCUUGUAUACAAUAAAUUUAACUUUAAUAAAUGUAACUGUAUUUAACCUAAUAAUUAUAAUAGUAACAAAUUAUCUAAUAUCAGGAACACACGUUCCUAAACUUGUAUAUUCCAUUCAUUUCAUUCAUUGUAGUCUUAAAUUGUUUUCAUUCAUUAUCCUUUUUAUUCAUAAUAGAAAGCAUAAUAUGUAUUUUGAUACAAGGAAAUUGCUUUUAUAGACAUUGCUCGGAACAGCUUUUGUUCUUACAAAUACAUAGCCUUUUGACCGCCUUUCACAUACACAAUUUCAAAAAUGUCACUGACACGCAAUAUCAUGUACUAUCAGCUGCUCAUAAUUCAUUCAUAAUUUCUCCAUGCACGCAUGCAUGCAUGCAUGCAUUUGCAGCUGAUAGUACAGUCAGCAUCGAAUAUUGUAUAACAGCCAAGCAAGGCGGCCGCAUAUUUAUUUACAACGUAGUAACUAUUUUGCCACCUUGACUGCAGCAAUAUGUAUGUAUUGAAUGGUGUUCAAAGGGUUAAGUAAGUAUUGUUAUACUUUGUGUUAUUCGUUCAGACAUACUGAAAAAAAAAACGAUUUAUUAAAUAUGAAUCAUUUUUGUAACUCCGUUAUAAAUAGGUGUCCUUUAUGUUAUGACCAUUAUAUGGUCAUUUUAGCCUUUAUUAUAUCCGAACAAUUGUGCCUGUUAUCAAUGUAUAGUUUGUAUUAGUUUUUCUGAGAUCGUCUUACAAUCAAUGUGUUUGAUAAUUACAUUCUUUUACUUGAUUAUUAUAUCUAUGCAGAUGACCUCUGUGUACUUUCAGAAAAUGUUUUCAUUACUCACAGAAAAAAAUUGCCAUCAAAGGUUUUGGGUAUACAUAUUCCAGGUGUUAGCCAAGAGAAAUGUAUAUGUUUUUUGAUAUGGUUUUCAUUAUCAUUCAUUAUUAUGUCUACCUAUAUAAUGUAUUUAUAUGUAUAUCACUCGAGACAUGGCUUCUUAUGUACGAUCUAUUCUAUAUUAUGUUAGCAAUCGAUGGAUUUAUAAGGAGAAAGUUUUAAUAAAAAAUAUUAUGAAAUUUA